GCCUCUCAACGUCUUCUCUUUCACAUCUCCUUCUCAUCACAAUCACGCCCUGCUGCAUCUGCCGUUCGCAAUUCCAUUCCGCGCCGGCAUUGUGGCCCCCUUUGGCCAUCAAACAGGUAUCGCAGUCUUGUCCCUGCACCUAAAGCGCGCCGAGACCUCUCCCCGUGUCACAUGGCGCCUCAAGUCGACAAACGGCAACCUCGGGUGCCUCUGAGCUGCGAAAACUGUCGAAAACGAAAGAUCAAAUGUUCGGGCGAAAGGCCCUUUUGCGACACCUGCGCCCGUCGUGGCUUCAGCCAUACCUGCUUCUACCUGCGCCAAAACGUGCAGGCGCCCGCGGGGUCCAGCUCCGACGAGGUGCUCCAAAGGGUGAGACGAGUCGAAACUCUCCUUGAGCGACAAGUCUACCUCCUUGAGCAGCGACUUGAGCCCUCGCCAAAGUCUCAGUCGUCCAAUCCAGAUAAUCUGUCCCAGCAUCAACCGUCGUCGGCCAAUUCGUCGCCCUGGACGGAGGUCGAGCAGAAUCCUCCGGAAACUGCACCUUCAACUAUUGUCGGUACGGUCGUGGUAUCCCAAGAAGGUCAUGAACGAUUCAUCCCAGGACUCGCCUCUUCCGAUGCAGACGCCGUCAAUGAGCUGAUCCAAUCUAUUUCCGCCCCUCCCAUGUCUACGAGCUUCCCGUUCUCAGCCGAGGCUACCACUACACGAAGAGCGCUUUUGGACGCCCUGCCUCCAGGGCGACAGUGCGACGAAUUGAAGAGGCUAUUCUUCGAUGUUUUCUCCCCGCUUUUUCACAUACUACAUGACCCAACAUUCCAUGCCGAGUAUGCCGAUUUUCGCCAGAAAAGAGGAGAGGUGUCCCUCUCGUUUCUCGCGCUGUUGUUCGUGAUUCUUUCCAUUUCUGUUACCGCGCUAGACUCGGAUCAUCCACUCCUGACGGAUCUCGGGGUGGAAACGACUGCUUCAGCAAAUAUUAAAAGCCUGGCGACAAAAUAUCGAACAGCCGCAAUGGGAUGCCUUUCGGCAGACCAGUUCCUAUGGCGCCACAACCUGCACACUGUCCAAGCCUUGGUCCUUCUGAUAUACGCACUUUCACAUGCACAUGGUCCUGCAUGGGCUUUGUUGGGGACCACCUUCAACAUCUGCAUAUCGAUCGGUUGCCAUAUUGACCCGUCUCAACUAAGUUUGGAUCCAGUGAGAGGUGAACAGAGACGCCGCUGUUGGGCCGGCCUCAUGUUAUUGUAUACUAUUCAAAGCACUUGUUUGGGAAACCUUGCUCCAAUGACGGUCACGGCUACAGUCAGACUUCCUGCCGAUGUGGAUGAUGAGCGCAUCUCCAUGCACGAGACCCCGGCCUUCCAUGCGGACGACUCUCGCCCAAGGCCUCUUAGCAAAAUGUCCUACAUCUUGUUCAAGUUCAAGCUGUAUCGAUUGGCAUCUGAUAUCGCAAAUUUCGCCAGGGAACAUGGGAGCUUGAAUGGCCUAAUCGAGCUCGAUGGACAGAUCUCCCAGGAGGAGCACGAUCACGACGUACGAUUCACAGACCUCCAGCGGCUUCCCGUUUACCACCUGGCUCAUCUAUACAUCAUCAAAAACUAUACAAGUCACCUGCGGCUCAUUCUUCAUCGGCGGUAUCUUCCACCGCAUUCUGCAGCUCCGGACAGCACAUUGUACGAGUUUCCUGAACAGGUGCUCCAGAGCCGGCAGUAUUGUAAGAUGUCGGCAAUGAAGAUUCUCAGCAACCACGAGGACCUCUGUUGCGAGGAGCGGCUGAAGCCUUAUCGCUGGUUCGUGUAUGGGCUAGGCGGCUACCAGACGUUUUUGGCUGCGUCGACACUUGUGGUCCUCCUUGGUUCGGAGGACGAAUCGGUCGCCUCGGACCGCGCGGAUGUAAUCUACGCUCUAUUAAAAUGUCAGGCACGAUUCGAGCAGCUGUCUGCACGAAGCGACAUCUCCGCCAAAGCUGCACGGAUCCUGCGCCGCACGCUUGGGUCACCUGUGAGCAGCAACGGUGGCGGCGUCGGAGGCACCGCUCCUCCUCCGCCUCAAGAACCCCCUGGGCUAUACCGCCAAUCCUCGAGCACAAGUGACGAGUCCAAGAUGUGCAGCACGAGCCAAAGACAUCAAAUGGCCGCUACUUCUCCAGGCAGCCAUGGCCAGCCUCCAUCGAUGCCGCCCGGCCGCAGGUACGGCCAAGCCGGGUUCGCUGGUGCCUUGCCUAACGCCAACGAGGUCGCGGAACCGCCGCCGCCGCAGCACCCUCAGCACCCGCAGCCUCCUCCCCAUUCCUUCUUCCCCUGCCCGCAGCCCCUCUACGAGCUGAUGAGCCUCCCGGCGGAGCAAUGGCUGGGGGGCCCCUCGGCGCUGGCCUGGGACUGGAAUGGGUGGGUCGACGUGCCGGAGCCCCAGAUCACCGGGCCCGACAUGUUCAUGGACGCUUCUGGCGUGGUGAUGUGAUGUGAUACCAUGCUAUACCAUGUGAUGCAAUGUGAUGACCACGAUACGACGACGACGACGGGAAGUGCGCCGCCCAUCAAAUCCGAGGGUGCGAAUAGACAUUUGAUAUAUAUCAUCUUCCCGCUGGCCUGUUUCUUGUAGC